AUGCUCAGAUACGUCGCCUUCGCUCUACUCGUCGCUUCGACUCUAGCUGGCCCAGCCUUCGAGAAUACAAAUCUCGACUGCUUGCACCACCAGGAUGACAUCUUCAGCUGCCUAGCUGUCAAAGCGGCCACGACGCUCGAAAGGGCGGCCAGGUCGGCUGAUGUUACCAUCAUCGAGGGUGUUACUUUCGUUAGAGAAACACCUGUGGAACGCAGUGGAAAGGCCCUGAAAUCCGAGACGGAAGUGUUGGCUGAGCUGCCCCGAGCUACCGCCGACAAGACCCUGGAAUUGGCCACCAUGCUCUUCGAAUCUGCAGUAUCGUUCUUCAAGAGCCACAGCCUCAAGAUCAACAUGCCCGAAGGCUCCGUCUCCCGCUCCCUCAUGGAAGGCCGUGCCAAGAUGAAGAAGAUGUUCCUCCCUGUGGUCGCCGCCAUCGGUAUCAAGAUCCUGGCCCUAGUCCCGAUCUUCCUGGGUGGUUUGGCCCUGCUCGUCGCCAAAGCCCUCGUGGUCGGUAAGGUCGCCCUCCUCAUCGCUGCCGUCCUCGGCUUCCAGCGCCUCUUCAACGGCGGCACAGUGGGAGCCCUGCCCAGCAUCGGUAGCGUCUUCAACAAGAGCCCGUCCUACUACGAGACCCAAGGCAGCUGGAGCUCGAACCCCCAGCCCAGCCCGUCCCAGGGUUACUACAGGAGCUUCGACGACAAGGUCGAUGCUCAGAAGCUCGCCUACUCGGCCCAGGCUCCCAACGAGACCGACUAA